AGGAAGUGUAGCUAAUUUUGUUCUGACUUUUUGAAAAUGUGUUUCCUCUACUGUUAACCACGUUGUUGUAGACUCUCCUGGAUCCAUACAUCUGAGUAGAAAAGUCAGCUGGAACAUGGAGCCUUCCUCUUCUGCAGCAGAAACAUGCAACCCAAAGAAAAGAAAGACCGAAGCCUCCACAGAACACAACAGCAUGAAAAGAUCAAAGACAGAGGAGGGAUGUGAUGAAGAGCUGCUGAACAGACCCUCUGGUUCACCCAGACUCUCUGUGCAGCUCGAUCGCUUGCAGCAGCCCGUGUCUUUGCUAGAGCUGACUGAGCUGCUGCAUUUUGCUGCUCUGGGGACAGCAGGAGGCCUCAAACAGCCCAGCUGGUGCCAUCUUCACCAUCAGAAGAAGGUCAAAGGUGUGAAUGUUGUGAUUUUAGAAGGUCUCAGUCAGAGUCACUUCUACAAGAACUACCUCACCAUGGAGCACCUCAGGACCAACUACACUACUAGGGUCACCUUCACUCCAUCACCCAUCAGCGUAGCUUCUGGAAUCUUUAGCAGUGACGUUCCUAAACUGGACCGUCCACCUGUUCCCAAGUCAGAUGACAAACUGCAUAAAGCUGUGAAACAUCACCCCAUUAUCAAAAAAUACGGGACACAGAAGAGGGGAGUAACUGCGUAUGUUCUCACCCAGGAAGAGAUGAUUAAGAACCACUUUCCUGUCAGAGGAAUUCGAGGAUUUGAGGACUUUAGUUGUACAAAGAACAAUGUCCGUGUAACUGAUGACAGCCCGCUCUACGGGCUUGACUGUGAAAUGUGCCUAACAGAGAAGGGACACGAGUUGACUCGUGUUUCUCUGGUGGAUAGUGAUGGUAACUGUGUGCUAGAUGAACUGGUGAAACCCCAAAGUCGUGUCCUGAACUACCUCACCAAGUUCUCAGGUAUCACUGCAGCUAUGCUGCAGCCAAUCACAACCACCCUGCGGGUUGUUCAAGCAAAGCUCAGGAUGUUGUUGCCUGGCGAUGCAGUUCUGGUGGGCCAUUCGCUUAACAACGACCUCAUAGCUUUGAAACUCAUCCAUCAGCACGUAAUCGAUACGUCGCUGCUCUACAAGAAAGAAUUGGGGCAAAAGUUUAAGCUCAAGGUUUUGGCCGAGAUGGUGCUGAAGAGGCAGAUCCAGACUGAUGAGAAUAACGGACACAAUCCCACUGAGGAUGCUGCGGCUGCUCUGGAGCUGGCCCAAUACUUUAUCAAAACAGGACCUCAUCAGGUUGUGGAGCUUCAUCUAGAGGAGCUGUGGGGAUACAAACCUAAGGAGGAGUCUUCUGAGUGCUCCCCAGCACCAAGUCACAGGUUUACAGACAUACUGCGAUCCAUCGGCCGUUCUGUGACCUAUUUAGGAAAGCGUGCCGAUGUUGCUUUGGAUCUGUCCAAUCAGCAGUGGUACAGCACUGACAAGGAGGUGCUGUCAUCUUUCCGGAGACAGACUAAGAACCUGUUCCUGUCCAUCGUCCAGUUUUCCUCCUUCUCAGACCAUCUGAGAAGACACUCCGCUCAUCAGGAGCAGCUGCACCAGAGCGUGUGUUCAGACCUUCGGGACAUGUGUGUUGUGUUCGCCGGGCCGUUCCCUCCGGACUUCUCUGAUAGAGAAGUGAGGCGGCUGUUUCGUUGCUGUGGUCGAGUGCGAAAUAUUCGAAUGUUGAACACAAGCGUCCGGAUUCAUGCAGAGGUUGCGUUUGAGAUGCUGGAAGGAGCUUUGCUAGCUUUAAAGGUUCUGGACGGACUCAGAGUUCUGGGCCAGCCCAUUAAGGUGCAGAGGCCUGUGAAAGAAUCAAUGCUAGAUCUGGAUUUGUACCUUGAUACUUUAUUGGUCGAUUCACUUAACUCCAAACACCUUUACGCUGUGAAACCGAGUCAGCAGAUGGCUCAGAAUGUAAACAUUUCCCAAAAAGUCAAUCAGUACGUAGUAGAAUCAAAAGGUCUAAGUGCCACAUCUAGAAAGCUGACGAACGGGCUACCGCCUGCUAAAAAGAAAUGUAAACAGUCACACCUCACCACACUAAAGCUGUCCGAGGAGACCGUCAGAGAGGCAUUUGACCACUUUGGUACCGUGGAGAGCAUAGUCCUGCCUUCCAAAUGUUCAAAACAUGUGUGUAUAGAGUUCGAAAGUUCAGAGGGUAAACUUGCAGCCCUCAGCUCUUCUGAGGAUCUGCUAAGUGACAGAUUUCUAAUUCACCCAUCUGUUACGCCGCCCCACUUACCCUCAUGGGUUGCCAUGACGACAGCAGAAACUAAAUCAAAUGAAGAAACAAAUGAGGGGAAAGAAUCGGCCCACAUGGACAGCAGUUCUCAGGAUCAGGCAGGGAAUCGUGUGAUGAAGAAACUGGACGUCAGGCUGAGAAAAGUCUUCAAAUCCCUCCCAGAAGGCAGCUUGUCUGUGGUGGUGCUGCCCGGACAAACCAGCGAAAAUGGGCAUUAUCCUGGUUUGUGUCUAUUUCAAGUCAAAGUGUCUAGAGAAAAUGUAAAAUAAAAUACAACAUCUGGA